UGAAUCAGUGAUUCAUUGGAUCAGCAGAGGGGUGCAAAAAAGAAGGCUUAGCAAGAGAAGGGAAUUCUUGGAGGAUGCACAACGGCAACUCCGGUAUAGGUCUUUCGAUAUUAUAAAAAAACCCAACCAUCACCCUAGACAAUGAAAAUGACCGAGCGGCCACCCUCGAUAGCUGGCCUGGAGGAGCCCGUCAAUUUGGUGACCAAGAAUAAUGGAAAGCCUCCUGGGAAACGAAAAUCGGACAAGGCGGGCGAGGUUUCAGAUUCCCCGCCGUCCGUCUCAACCGAUUCCGGCGUCACCAGACCACCAUCUGCCAAACUCCCUCUCGCCAACGAUAUGGCCGAAGGUCAACAACCGUCUCUUCGGCAGUCUUUUCACCACAUAAUACAUUCUUCUGGGACCUCCAGGACACCUUCAACCCGCACCUCCUCCAGCUCUCUACAAGCGUUGAACGAAGAUACCGUCGUUGAUGCCCGAUCGGAUCGCAGCGUUUUUUCUCGUCCCUCCCUCCCCCGUCGGAUAUCCAGGCAAUCGGAUGGCCCGUCUACUGAUUAUCCCGUCUAUCCCGAUCAAUCCUAUGCCUCCCUUCAGUCCCAGGUGCACCCUACCUACCAACCUCCAUUCUUGCGUCCCCGGAGUUCCUACCCAUCUCACACCGAACCCCAGACUCGAUUUCCCACUACGCGUACAGCCCGCACUGUAGGAAACACCCCCGUGUCCAGCCCCGGGCUAUUCUCUGUCAGAAGUCCUCGCUCGACGCCUUUUGGCUCCGACGAUGAAGGUCGGAUCAGCAGUCCGUAUCUGCACCCAACACAACUCCAGCCACCAAAAGAAACCCACACCGCCGAGGUAGACCGCGAUACCGUUACAGGGAAUAAACUCAUCAACCAGUAUGAAAUUCUCGAGGAGCUUGGGCGCGGCGAACACGGCAAAGUGAAAUUAGGUCGCCAUGUGGAAACUCGGCAACAGGUGGCAAUUAAGAUCGUCCAGCGAUACUCGAAACGACGACGUUUGGGCAAACUUGGGAACCCAGAGGAUAAGGUCAAGAAGGAAGUUGCCAUUCUCAAGAAGGCCCGCCAUACCAACGUGGUCAGUCUGUUGGAAGUGAUUGACGACCCUAACCGUCAAAAGGUUUACAUCGUUCUGGAAUAUGUCGAGAACGGUGAAAUUAUUUGGCGGAGAAAAGGACUACGGGAAAUUAUUCACGUCGAUAAGCAACGGCUCGAGCGUGAGAAGGCUGGGAUUUCCGACUCCCCCUCGUUCCUCGAGGAAAGCCAGCACUAUGUGCGAACUGCCAGGCAUCUCCGCCGUCAACGAGAGAGGGCCCGUGAACGAGCUGAAGCGCAGGCCGCAUCUGCACAGGAGCGUCCCAUCCCCGCGUGGAGUUUGGAGCAUGGUGCAGAGUCCGAUGAUGAGGAAGCGGAGGCCGAUUCCACCGUCAUCCGCACCUCCAGUCGCUCCAUGCUGAGUCCUGAGGAUGUCCAGCCAUCCCCGAGUCAGUCAUUUUCCUCAACUCAUGAAUCAGGCCUGGCAGCAGUCGAGGGCAGUAUGUAUGGCGCCUAUUCGGAAGACCGGUUCGAGAGGCGUUUUAGUACUGCUUCAAGCAGCUUUGGUUAUGCUCCGUCCGAACCGGAAUGGUCUUCGGAUGAUGAUGACCUGUCCUACGUCCCAUGUCUAACCCUUAGUGAGGCACGCAACGCCUUCCGGGAUUCUCUCCUCGGUGUGGAAUACCUUCAUUAUCAGGGUAUAAUUCACCGCGACAUCAAGCCUGCCAACCUUCUACUCACUAGCAAUUACCGGGUGAAGAUCUCGGACUUUGGUGUAUCGUAUCUUGGGCGUCCCAUGAGGGAUGAGGAAGAAGAACGGGUGACGGAGACCGCAGCUACCGAGCUGGACGAUGCUCGAGAAUUGUCGAAAACCGUCGGAACCCCUGCAUUCUAUGCCCCCGAGCUGUGCUACACUGGUGACGACUUUGUGGAUUCCAUUGGCACCGUUCCGAGGAUUACCGGUGCAAUUGAUGUCUGGUCCCUUGGUGUGACCCUUUAUGGUAUGAUCUUUGGACGUCUGCCGUUCGUGUCGGAUGAUGAAUACAGCAUGUUCCAAACCAUUGUGAAAAAGGAGGUGUUUAUCCCACGGAAGCGCUUAAAGCCUGUUGAGGAUGACCCCGAUACUGUCAGUCAAUGGCCUCGCUGCAUGAACGACAGUAAGCGAAUGGAAGACGAACUUGCGUAUGAGGAUGUUGAUGAUGAAUUGUUCGAUUUGUUGAAACGUCUCUUGACUAAGGAUCCCGUGAAGCGCAUCACUGUCAAGGAGAUUAAGCAUCACCCUUGGGUUCUCUAUGGAUUACCCAACCCUAGGGCAUGGGUUGAGGAGACUGAUCCAGGAUAUCAGAGUAAGGGCAAGAGAAUCGAGGUCUCCAGCGAGGAAGUCACCUCUGCCGUCAGCAAAGUACCGUUCAUCCAACGUGUUCGGUCGAACGUGGCCAAGUGGUCCAACUACCUCACCGGCAGAUCAAAAGACAAGGACAAUCGUAAACGAUCAGCUCUUACAGGGCCUUCGAGCGAGUCGCUGGUGUCGACCACCAAUGGCUUUGGAAAAUAUUUGUGGGACAAUGGCCGUCGGCCCGUCUCAAGGGGAGACGACGAUUUCUACCGGCCGUCCAAAGAGCACCCUUUGUCUCAAAGUGUCACCGCUAGUCCGGUGAGCCGAGAGGAACAGACGAGUUACUUUGUUUCUCAUCAUUGCCCUUCUCAAGACCGCCUAUCACGCCCCGAUCCGCCGGAGCGUGCUACCUCGACAUUGUCCAGUGCAGAAUCUGCAAAGACAGUCAAACCACACGACACCACUCCGGUACCCUUAUCAAAACAGCGUGACAGCACACCCACUAUUGUGGAAACUUUGGGAACCACCAAUGUCGGUGGUCUUUUUGGGGGAGCCAGCCGCCGGCUGGCCAGAGGUCUUCAGACGGGUGACUGGCGCUCCGAGAAAUCGGUCUCAGCUGAUACCGUUUCCUUGGAUGGAGACCGUCGCUGUGAGCCUACCCUUGCUUUGAGCGUCGCUUCUGCAGUCGGCCAGAUGCAAAAUUCUGGCCUAGACUCUGCAUCACCACGCCCGACCUCAGCAAGACCGAGUCUGGCACACCGGCGCCACCAAUCUUAUCAACAUCAUUCUUCAAUCGAGCCAUUCCAUCUCACGAAAGAAGCUUUGCUGCGUCAGAGAAAGAGUGAUCCGGAAAGCAUCGAUGGUACUGAAAUUGCCAAGUCCAAAGUCGAAAGUGAGCCAUUCACAAACGACUCCCUUAAUUUGAGACAAGUCACACCACCCAAGGCCACAGAAUGUCCAAUUCCUAGUACACACAUGGAAUCUUCCAACCCUGGUCUCACCACUUCUCCGCCAUCUGCUGCUACCAUUUCUUCUUCUUCUGUUGAUGAUUACACUAGCAUGUCUCAGAGUGCCUCGCACCCGAGUAUUCCAUCCGUCGUCUCGGGAGCUUCAUCUCUUUCGGGCGAUGGUUUCUACUACGGACCGACCGGCAAGGACAAGGAAAAGGACUCCGAUCCCCCCAUGCAGGUGCCUUCCAUUCUUCGCACAGGCGAAACCGUCAAAGCUCGGCAGUCAAGCCCCCGGCGGUCGCAAGAAGACGAUGAGUCUAGAUAUUACUGUGACGAUGAGAACGAGUCCGAGUCUGAUUCUGAAGAUGAAGGCCUGAUGAUCGGUAAAAAGCACCCAGGUCCUCAGAAAGCCGCACUCCGUAUGAGCCACAAAUCAUAGGUCUUGUCUAUCUGCUACCAUCACCUCCUUAUCUCCCAGAGUGCCUUUUAAUGAGCGGCCUCGGCGAUUUAAUAU